AUGCGGCGCUGCAUGGCUCGCCGCGCUGCCGCCCUGUGAGCUGCUGCUGCUGCUGGCACCGCACCGCAUCCCUGCAGCGGCGGCGGCGGCUCCGCCUCGCUGCGCGCCAUCGGCUCUCGCCGCCGGGAAGCGCGGCUCCAUGUGCCGCAGAUGGCUGGGGCGCAGCCCGGGGUCCACGCGCUGCAGCUGCAGCCCGUGCGCGUCUCCGACGGCCUCAAGAAGGGCACCAAAUUCGUCAAGUGGGACGAUGACUCCACUGUUGUGACUCCAAUUAUCCUUAAAACAGAUCCGUUGGGAUUUUUCUUCUAUUGGACAGAUCAAAAUAAGGAGACAGAGCUGCUUGAUACCAGCCUUGUCAAAGAUGCCAGAUGUGGAAAACAUGCCAGAGCUCCCAAGGAUCCAAAGCUGCGUGAACUCUUGGAUGCAGGGAACCUAGGAGGUAGACUUGAGAAUCGAAUGAUAACAGUCGUCUAUGGUCCAGACCUGACCAACAUAUCGUACCUGAAUUUAGUAGCUUUCCAAGAGGAAAUAGCAAAGGAGUGGACAGAUGAAGUUUUCAGUUUGGCAACAAACCUGUUGGCACACAAUAUGUCAAGAGAUGCAUGUUUGGAAAAAGCUUACACAAAACUGAAGCUGCAAGUCACACCAGAAGGACGUAUUCCUCUGAAGAACAUAUACCGCCUAUUUUCCACUGACAGAAAACGAGUGGAGACUGCAUUAGAAGCUUGCAAUCUUCCCUCUGCCAGGAAUGAUUCAAUCCCCCAAGAAGACUUCACACCAGAAGUAUACAGAAUAUUCCUAAACAACCUUUGCCCUCGGCCUGAAAUUGACCACAUCUUCUCUGAGUUUGGUGCCAAGAGCAGACCAUACCUUACUGUUGAUCAGAUGAUGGAUUUCAUAAAUUUGAAGCAACGUGAUCCACGGUUAAAUGAAAUCCUUUAUCCACCGUUGAAACAGGAGCAAGUCCAGCAGUUGAUUGAGAAAUAUGAACCCAAUAAUACUCUAGCAAAGAAAGGACAGAUAUCAGUGGAUGGAUUUAUGCGAUAUCUGAGUGGGGAGGAGAAUGGCGUUGUCGCACCUGAGAAACUGGAUUUGAAUGAAGAUAUGUCUCAACCACUGUCUCACUAUUUUAUCAACUCCUCACACAACACCUACCUCACAGCUGGACAGCUGGCUGGUAACUCCUCAGUAGAGAUGUAUCGCCAAGUGCUUUUGUCAGGCUGCCGCUGUGUGGAGCUGGAUUGCUGGAAAGGACGCACAGCAGAAGAAGAGCCGGUCAUUACACAUGGAUUCACCAUGACAACUGAAAUUUCCUUCAAGGAAGUCAUAGAAGCAAUUGCUGAAUGUGCAUUUAAGACAUCACCUUUUCCAAUCCUCCUCUCCUUUGAAAACCACGUGGAUUCUCCUAAGCAGCAGGCAAAAAUGGCAGAAUAUUGCAGACUAAUUUUUGGAGAUGCGCUGCUUAUGGAUACGCUGGAGAAAUACCCACUUGAAGCUGGUGUUCCUCUUCCAAGCCCUAUGGACUUAAUGUAUAAAAUUCUUGUGAAGAAUAAAAAGAAAUCACAUAAGUCUGCAGAUGGAAGUGCAAAAAAGAAGCUCUCUGAGCAAGCUUCUAACACAUGCAGUGAUUCGUCCAGUGUGUUUGAACCUUCAUCUCCUGGAGCAGGAGAAGCCGAGAUUGAGAGCGAUGAUGAUGAUGACUAUGAUGAUGACUGUAAAAAAUCAUCGAUGGAUGAAGGCACAGCUGGCAGUGAAGCCAUGGCCACUGAAGAAAUGUCCAACCUGGUGAACUACAUACAGCCGGUGAAGUUUGAGUCAUUUGAGAUAUCAAAAAAACGUAACAGGAGUUUUGAAAUGUCGUCCUUCGUGGAAACCAAAGGGCUUGAGCAACUCACAAAGUCUCCAGUGGAAUUCGUGGAAUACAACAAAAUGCAGCUUAGCCGAAUUUAUCCAAAAGGAACACGUGUAGAUUCCUCAAACUACAUGCCACAAGUCUUCUGGAAUGCUGGUUGUCAGAUGGUUGCCCUUAACUUCCAAACUGUAGAUUUGUCUAUGCAAAUAAACAUGGGAAUGUAUGAAUACAAUGGCAAAUGUGGAUACCGGCUAAAACCAGAGUUCAUGAGAAGACCAGACAAACAUUUUGAUCCAUUUACAGAAGGCAUUGUGGAUGGAAUAGUAGCCAACACUUUGUCUGUUAAGGUAAUUUCAGGUCAGUUUCUUUCUGAUAAAAAGGUUGGUACAUAUGUAGAAGUAGACAUGUUUGGCCUUCCUGUGGAUACAAGACGAAAAGCGUUAAAGACAAAGACCUCUCAAGGCAACGCUGUUAAUCCGGUCUGGGAAGAGGAAACCAUAGUAUUUAAGAAGGUUGUUCUACCUUCUCUGGCAUGUUUGAGGAUAGCAGUAUAUGAAGAAGGAGGGAAAUUUAUCGGCCAUCGGAUAUUGCCUGUCUCAGCCAUUCGACCAGGCUACCACUACAUCUGCCUAAGGAAUGAAAGGAACCAGCCUUUGACACUGCCGGCUGUCUUUGUGUACAUUGAAGUCAAAGACUAUGUACCCGAUACCUACGCAGAUGUGAUUGAAGCACUAUCCAAUCCAAUUAGAUAUGUAAACUUGAUGGAGCAAAGAGCUAAACAGCUGGCAGCACUAACACUGGAGGAGGAAGAAGAAGAGGUAAAGAAAGAGGUUGAUCAUGGAGAUGCACCCUCAGAAGCAAAUAAUGAGCCCCGGCCAACACCAGCAGAAAAUGGAGUAAAUCACACCACUUCUCUUACACCAGCCACUCAGGGUGUUCCUAGCCAACCAGCACCAGGUUCUGUGAAAGCACCUGCAAAAACAGAAGAUCUUAUUCAGAGUGUCCUAACAGAAGUAGAAGCUCAGACUAUUGAGGAGCUAAAACAACAGAAAUCAUUUGUUAAACUACAGAAGAAGCACUACAAAGAAAUGAAGGACCUUGUAAAGAGACACCACAAGAAAACCACUGAUCUUAUCAAGGAGCACACUGCAAAGUAUAACGAAAUCCAGAAUGACUACCUGCGGCGCAGGGCAGUCUUAGAAAAGACAGCCAAAAGGGAUAGCAAGAAAAGAUGUGACACUGGCAGCCCAGAUCACAGUUCUUCCAUUGAACAAGAGCUGGCUGCACUUGACUCAGAAAUGACCCAGAAGUUAAUAGAACUGAAGGAAAAGCAACAGCAGCAGUUGCUCAAUCUCCGACAAGAACAGUAUUACAGUGAAAAGUACCAGAAGCGGGAACAUAUCAAGCUGCUCAUUCAGAAGUUGACAGAUGUAGCAGAAGAGUGUCAGAACAGCCAGUUAAAGAAAUUAAAAGAAACUUGUGAAAAAGAAAAGAAAGAAUUAAAGAAGAAAAUGGACAAGAAGAGGCAGGAGAAGAUCACAGAAGCAAAAUCCAAGGAUAAAAAUCAAAUGGAUGAAGAGAAGACUGAAAUGAUUCGAUCAUAUAUCCAGGAAGUGGUGCAGUACAUCAAAAGGCUAGAAGAUGCUCAGAGUAAGAGACAGGAGAAACUCAUAGAAAAACACAAGGAGAUACGCCAACAAAUACUGGAUGAAAAGCCUAAGUUGCAGGUUGAACUUGAUCAGGAAUACCAAGACAAAUUCAAGAGACUCCCUCUGGAGAUUCUGGAGUUUGUACAGGAAGCAAUGAAAGGGAAAAUCAGUGAAGAUGGAGACCACAGUUCUGCCCCUUCCUCUCUGGCAUCUGACAGUGGAAAAUUGAACCAUAAACCUCUGCAAAAUGAAGAGGAAUUGGAAGAUGAUCAUCCAGAAAAAGUAUUUGAUACUCCUUUUUAGCUCCCCAAAUCAGGCUACAGGCAGCGAUUACUGUGCCAGGGCAUGCCAUGCUUGUGUUGCCCACUCUCUAUUUUCCUGUUGUAAGCUGCCAUAGAACAGCUCCUAAAGACAGGAGGAAUCUGUAUUCAAAUGCACAUUUCCCAAAGGAACGUUUUAUAACAGUACUGUGCAAAGGUCUUCAUUCUCAUUCUUCGUUUUUAUUAUUAUGCUAAAGCUUAGUGCAGUUAUAAUGGGGAAAUUAAUGUGUUAACCAUCUUAUUUUUUUCUGGCCAACUUACAAUGGGUAAUUUUCAGGCCAUGUGCACUGUUAAGAAUGUUUAAUGAAGACCAGUGCAUUGUACAAAGACUAAUGUGCACAGAUUUCCUUUUGAAGUGCCAGUGCAAAGUGUUCCAAACUAAUACAGAUCCUACCAAAUUAUAUAACAAUACUUCAUCAUUUUGUGUCCUAUUUUCUAACUGCACCUUGACAGCUGUACCAUCAUUUUACAUUUGCACUGAAACAUUUAACCCUUUUUAGCUUUGCAGGCACUGGUGGCUUGCUCUCUCGAUAUUAGGUUUAUCAUAUGAAAAGAAAUAUAUUUGCUGCUCAAAAUUCCUUUGUUGGAACUGUGGUUAUUAGAGCAAGUUUAAAACAGAGAUGAACUUUGUUUGUCUAAAGUGUGUCGGUCUGUGCGUGUGUAUGUGUAUGCUGUAUACUUGUGUGAGUACAUAUAUGUUUGUGCACAUAUAUACAUGUGCGCAUACAUAAAUUUAUAUACACACACAGCAUGUAUGCGUUUUGGAGGUGGUCUGAUCUCAUGGCAAAAUGAAACGUUUCAGGGAUAUAUGAAUAGAGAACUUUUAUGGAUUAUAUCUGAGUUAUAUUGAUAUUAAAUAAUCAUUAAAUCAGAAGAUUCUUUUUGUGGUGUUGGUGUUGUAAAUUGAAGUAGUUUUAGAAUAUAAAUUUGAUAUAUAUUUUGCAGACUCAAAAGUAUUGAUUUUACGUAUCAUAUUUUAAGCUUACUGAAUUUGAUAGGACUAUUAAAAUGUUUAGGACUACAGUAUUUGACAUUUAGCAGUAUCUUCCAUAAUUUUUAAGACUGAGGUUCAAAUUUUACUAAGGUCUGAAAUUGAAAAGCAGAUUUAAAAACCUUAUCAUUGUUACUUAAAAUAUGUGUUAAUUGGUUUAACCACACCUUAAAAUCUGAACAGAGUUUAUGUACUGCAUCACAUGCACGAGGGGGGAGAACCUGCAUUUUAUCAGAAAUGUAUAUGAAAUAAUAGUGAAUCUAUGAAAGCCAGGAUAUUGGAAAAGGGAAAAUACAUUCUCUAGCGUCCCGUCUUCAAGAAAAUAUGAAUUAUGAAAACCUACACAUGGCCAAAUUAUACUACUAAGACCACUUUGCACUGUCAGAACAGUGCAAAAAAAUAACUGGCUCAAAAUGUAGAUUUUUCAUGCUUAUGUCUGAUCCUGCAAACACGUGAGUGCCUUUAGACAUGUAAAGAGGGCUGCUAAACUCCCUGGAACCACUUCGGAUAACCAUGCUCAUAUCAUGUGUUUGCAAGAUCUGAGCCUUAAUUUGUAUUUUAAAAAAGUAAACCUGAAAUUGUCUACCAGGAAUAUAGCAAAGCAUUUUAAUACAUGAUAGCAUUAAAGUUACUUUAUUUCCUUUCCCUCAGGAUGUAGUAUUUGUAGUAACUUAUUUUAUUUAAAUUUAAGCAAUAAAUAUAGAUCAAGCUUAAAUUUUGAUUUAAAUAACACGUGUGUGUGUGUGUGUGUGUGUGUGUAAGUUCAAACCAUAGAAAACAAGCAGUAUUUUGAUGUUCCUUUUUUAAAUGUAGAGCAGGUGGAAAGAAAAAUUGCACAUUGUUUGGAUAUCAUAUUUUGGAUUAAACUAUUCUAAUUGAUAAUGAACCUCAUGUAGUGAACAGAAGACUCAAAUGUCUGACCUUCCUCUUGAUUUUAGAACAAGUGAAUCCUCAGUAAUCAUUGUUUUGCACUUUUGGGAUCCACAUUAAUCAGUUGGUAAAAAAACUAAAAUGGUCAAAAUGUAAUGCUGCAUUUUAUAGAGCAAAAAUUAACCAGGCUAUUUAAAUUAGAGAGAAUGUACUAAUAGCAGUGUUCACAACAAAACUGAAGACUAUUGCGUUACAAACAUGGUAGUAUACUGCAGAGCUUUAUGGUAAAAUCCUGGCUUCAGUGAAGCUCAGUGUGUCAAAAUUCCCAUGGACUUCAGUGAAGCCAGGGCUCCACCCUUAGUCUUCAAACAGACUUGGGAAAACCCCAAUUACUCUUUUAUUUAUAUUUAAGAAGUUACUAGUUGGAUUCAAUAUACUAUCAGCUGUAGUCAUUUUACAAUAUGUUUGUAUUUGCCCAUUUCUGUACUCACAUUUUUUUAUAUCUGUACAGUGCCACUUUUUGAAGUUGUAGGGUAGUGUGUAAUACUGUACAUCUUGCAUUAUUCAAACUAUUGCAGUGAUACAAAUACCAUUUAAUAUUAAUAUUACUUGAACUAGAGUAAGAUAAUGAAAAAGGGUCUUUAUGAUGUGCAAGUCUUGUGCCUUUUAUGUAUUUGCCUUGUUAUGUGUUGAAAAUGUGGAAAUGCCGUACUGUGGACCUUUCUGUUGUAUAGAAUAGAGCGCUCUAUAUUAAACUAGAUUGUGCACUUCAAAUAUCUUUACACUACUGACAAAUAGCUUGGUUUUUGGCAGUAUAAACAGAAUUUUAAAAAUUCUAAUGAAAUGCCGGACAUUUUGGAUUUAACAUGUUCAUAAUUAUGUUAAUUAAUACCCAUGUAUUAGUUGAACAUUCAUUAAAAGAUAACUAAAGGGACAUUGCUUGCCUUUCUUUGAAAUCAAUGUUGCUCUUGUACAUUGUACUAAUAGUGUAUGUGAUUGAUUGGACUUUGGUGAUUUGCUUU